GCGGUGACUUCAUCGGUCGAUCCCUUGCCGUUUUAAUGAUGCGCGCACCACCCUGGCCCCCUCCGGCUUCAUUGCCAGUCCACCGAUCUUAGCUUCGGCCUCGCAUUAUUUGCGUUUGGCGCUUAAGGAUUAAAUUAUCGGGGUCAAUCGGUCUGUACUUUACUACUUUCUAGGCCUCUCCCUAGUAUCUACGUAACCGCUCGAGAGCAUCGCCCCACAUCCUCCGCUUCGCCGUAGGCUGGCUGCCUCUAACGAUUCGACCGUCUCGACUAGCCUGAGAUCGCGCUUCCGGUGUCCUCCACUGCGAUUCCCGACGGCAGUUUUUGUUCCUCUUGUCGACUUCCCUCCUCCAGCAGCCCUGUCAGGAUCCGUCCCCGCCAGCAACAAUGUCGGCUCCAACCAGUCCCGUGGAGCACAAGCUCCCCCAGCGCUCGGGCACCAUCGCGAGUACGAUGACCGGCGUCAGUCGUCGCACUUCCAUGAGCGAUGAUGAGGCCAUCCCGGGGUCUGACAGCAAUGAGACCACGAAUCUCCUCCUCGAGCGUCUCCGUGCUUGGAAGCACAUGUGUGGAUACCUGGAAGAGUACGUUUCCGCGACAGCAAAGGUGUCCAAGUCGCAGGCAAAGGAUUUCGAGAAGGUCUUGAAGACUGUGAGCGACCCUCUGCGGGAAGGUCAUCAUUUCUCCCAGAGCGCUGGAGGCGUUGCUGGCUGGUUUGAGAAUAUUCGGGCCAACACUCAGGGCAUGGUGAACCUAUACCUGGACUCUGAGAAGAACCUGAAGGGAUCGGUGCUGCCGCCGUUGGAGCGUCUCCACAAGGAGAUCAAGGCCAAGUCCAAGGAGCUGCAGAACGGCGCUGCUAAGGGCGCAAAGGCUGUUGACAAGGCUCGGGGUGUUACCCAGAAGCACAUUGAGCUCCUCGCCCAGAACACGGCCACACUUGAUGCUGCAUCCCAUAACAAGAUUGAAACAUCCCAUGACCCUUACAUUCUGCGUCGUGGUGUCACCCAUCGCUUGAACAAACAGAUCAUUGAGGAGAACAACAACCGCCAGGAUCUGAUCGCAGUGCAGAACAACUUCCAGCAGUUCGAAGCCCAUGUCCUGCAGACUGUCCAGGGCGCCAUGGAGCAGUUCGUCACAUACAUGGGUGGUCAGCUAGACCGCCAUCGUGCUAUGUACACGGACAUCCUGGCCACAGGUCAGAGAGUCCCUCCGGACUUCGAAUGGGUCAACUUCAUGACCAGAAACGACCACAUCCUUGUGAAUCCCGAUGCGCCCCCGCGGGCACUUGCCAACAUCACUUUCCCCAACCAGGAGCACCGUGCCACCAAGCCGGUCAUCGAGGGCACCCUGGAGCGGAAGUCCCGCGCCAUGCUCAAGGGCUACAGCAGCGGCUUCUACGUCGUCACUGCCGCCCGCUACCUCCACGAGUUCAAGGACAACGACGAUCUCCGCCGCGACCCGGCCCCGGAGCUGUCCCUGUACUUGCCUGACUGCGUCAUCGGCGCUAUCGACGGCUCCAAGUUCAGCGUCAAGGGCAAAGACGUGUCGGGCGGCAAGGUCGGCAAUGCUUUCCACACGAACACCGAGCUGAGCUUCAAGGCAGCCAACUCCAACGAGGCCGAGAAAUGGUGGACUGCCAUCAAGGAUGCCACCCGUGCUCCAAUCCACACGUCGUCCUCCACCACCACCUCGCCAACAAGCCCUGUAGCUGCCGAGAACACUCAGCCGCCCGCCUAUGCCGAGAAGGAGGCCGCGGCCGCGGCCGCUCCCGCUCCCGCUCAGGCCCAGUCCCCGACUUCUCCUGCUGCAGUCUCUCGCACCAACACCAGCACCUCUGGCACUCUCCCUACUGCUUCCGGUGCGGCAGCAACUACUCCAGCGGCGGAGGAGAAGGCCUAAAUGCUUGGUUUCUAUUCUCAUAUAUCAAUCACGAGUUCGUGUGUACUCGCUUUCCUUUCUCGCGUAUCGAUAGUGUAACACACCUUCGGUACUUUGCUGCUUUUUUCGUCGAUAGUAAUGGAUUUUUGUUGAGCUUUCUACUUGAAUAUAUACCUGUUUUAACGAUCACUUUGGAUCUUAAUGUAUUUAAUUUGCUUGCUACGAGGUUUGACACAACGCAGGUCAGUGACUAGUUUUAUUGUUAUACCCUGUUGCUCCUUUUCCUUUGGAUUUGUCGUGUUCUCGAGUAACAGUAUACAGAAUGAAUAGGUCUAUUUAGUCUAUUCU